AUACAAUUUAAAUCCACCGCGCUCUCGCCAACUUGAACAUCUGCUCCGUGUAUCGAAGUUAGUGACAGGUUACAUAAAUCCGAAAACAUGGUGAAAAUUUUAAGGGAUCUACUCCUUAGACCAGAUCUCAGAAAGGUUCAAAAUGAACCUUUAGCUAAUAAAAUAAAGUAUUUUUGGCGUAAAGGAUGGGAGGAAAUGCCAGAACUUAUGGUACUUAUAACUCCUACUAUAGUGACUCUAUUCGUAACAGUGCACGUUAUUCGUAAACAAUUGGAAGAGAAGGAUAAACUGCCACGAUAUUAUAAUGAAUAUACCGUUUUCAGACCUAACAAUCCUAAGGUUCCAAGAAUUAGAACAGACGAUUAUUUGUCAAUUGAAGAGCCGCAACACACUUUGUCUUAAGAAAAACAAUUUAACCCUAGAAUUUAAAUAGUAUAUCAAAGUGAAUCAGUGUUAUUCAUGUAUAGUCCAUAAGAUUCUUUAAUCAUUCUUCAAACAAAUAAAACAAAUUAUUAAUAAAGGUGA